CGUAAUAGUAUUCCGUUGGAAUAGCAAUCGACUUAAAAGUGCGAGCAGAUUUCUCACCCUCAACUUUCCUUCCAAAUUUCAUCGUUAUUAUCCGUAACGGUGUAAAUUAAUUUGAUAAUGGUAAUUUAGGUAUAUCAGUGUACAUUGAAGUAAUUUUCUCAAAAUCCUGUGGACGUUCAUUUUUGCAUGAUAAUUAGAGGAAGGAAAGGAAAAUAGAAAAUCAGGGUUGAUUUAUUUUAGUGAAGAAAAAACGAGUGACUUUCAUUUCGGAAAUUCGGAUUUUGUUAGUUUAAGAUUGAAGUGGUUUGUGAUUAAACUGAGUGUCGAUCACUUGGACGGUUUCGAAUCGAAGCUGCAACAAGUAAAUCCGGAAGAGAUGAAGUCAAGAAUUUCCCAAAUGUUGUCCACCUUCCUUCUGUUGGUGUUCUUCGUAUCACCGACCUCCACCUGGGCUCUUACGACUUUUGGCAAAACCAACCCACAAACGCAAAACCAAAAUCCUCCACCACCACCUACACCAGUUGGGAAAGCUCGCGAAUGUAAGUUGGAGUCCGAUUGCGCCGGAAUUCAAAAUACGACAUGCAUGGCGGAUCAACGGGACGGAAGAACACGUUGUCUCUGUGGGGAUUAUUCUGCACCCCUGAAUGGCGCGUGUACCAAUAAAUUCAAAGCGUUACAUACUUCCUGUAAUGAUGACUCUGAAUGUAUUGACGGUGCACAUUGCAUACAACGAAACACUACUACCACGUCUGGGAAACGUUGCUACUGUCAAGAAGGAUAUUACGAAGAAAGCCCUUUGCUUUGUAGCGGUAGCGCAUCCACCCUUACACUUCACACAACAUUUUUAUUAAUUACCUUAAGUAUCGUAAAACGAAGCUUCAGUUCCUUAUAAAUCUUUCGAAAUUUUCAAACGCAGUUUCAACAAAAGUGUAACAAAAUCCUAUUAACUUUAAAGCUACGUACGCUACUUUCUUUCAAUUAUGAAUCAACCAAAAAUACGAUAUAGAAUAUGAAGGUAGUUUUCAAUUUACCACUGCAUAACGCACGUA